UCAAGUGCUCGGUGUAAACUAGGUCAUACAGUAACGAAGAGUAAGCGAAAAGAACAUACCUAGUUGAUACAUCCAAAUAUGUGUUUAUUGACAAAAGUUAACAGUUUUGACAAUAUAAUCAUAUUUUAACUACGAUGAUGAUAAAAUAAUUGCAAUAAGCUUUACUGUGAAUUGUAAAAUAUGGGCAUCCAUCCAUUAAGUAUAAUUUUAGUUAAAAGUGACAGCAAAGGUGAUAGAUUGUUGUUUCGGUAUCCACAUAUGACUAACCAUGUAAGAGAUUCGAAUCAAUGUACAAAACGAAAGAAUCCUUAUUCAUUGACCAAUACGGAAGAUUUAUUGCAGUCUUUGCCAUUUCCAAUAUCAAACGUAAGUAAUGGAAAUUUGACUGGUUUAACGGACGAAGUUCUCUCUACUCUAUUUGCUGUAAAACCAGAAUUAUGUGAACAAAAGUUUGAAUUAAAAGUGAAUGACGUUCGCUUCGUUGGACAUCCAACUUUGGUUCAAUCUCGUGGCUUGAAGGAAGUAAAUUCCUCGAUGCUUUUCAAUAUAGUUUUUGCACUUCAAGCACAAGCGAGUCAUUCGAUAGUAAGAUGUUACUAUGAUCUGAGCAAAAGAUUAGGCAUAGCAUUGAGACACGAAGAAAAAAGAUGUGGCUUCCUGACGGAUGAGAUAAAGAUAAUGGUAUCGACGCACGAUGAGAUUGCUGGAAGGUCCGAAGGUGAAAGCGACUGUGAUGAAUCGCCCUAUGAAUUAAUCCAUCAAAGGAGUUCAUUGGCACGUGGUUUAAAGUCUGUGUUUAGCAAUCUCAGCACUUCUGGUAUCGUCAAUAUCAUGAUUAAUAAAUGGAUCCAAGUACGCUUCUGUCUUCCACAAAAAGUUCAUCAGUCCCAUAAGAAAGGAUUACUUAUCGACCCUGAGAUUAUAGAUAGGUGUUUGAACAGUUUAAGACCUUAUCACGGCAUACUUUUAUUAACAGAGCCAUUGGACUUGUUAGAAUCUUUGCAAGUAGAUUGCUCUCCGGCACUGAAACGUCUGAUUCAGAUGUACAAUCCAUUGAAAAGUUUGCAAACUUUGGCCGCAGACUCAGACCUGACACUCGCGCAGGUGUUUCAACUAGCUGGCCAUUUAGUUUACUGGGCAAAGGCUACGAUAAUUUAUCCACUUUGCGAGAGCAACGUUUACGUUGUUUCUCCCGAUGCUGUUUUGACUAGUCAAUUGCUAGAUUCUUUCUCCGAUCAUUUCCCAGGAGUUUGCUUACUUCAAGUAAUCAAUGAUUUCUCCCUGCCAACUUCGAUUAGUCAAAAGUUGAAUCCUUUGAGCCAGCCACAGCAACAGACGCAAUUAGUAAAGAUAAUCAUAUGGCUGUUAAAAAAUCAUUUGCUUUUGCAGUUGCAUACGUAUGUGCGAUGUAUACCAACGGUGUAUGGGCGUACGUCGUUGGAUACGCGGGACCAAGAGACACGUGAUACAAGUGCGACGGAAGAGAGCGAAAGCGCAUGGAGUUUGAAUGAGACGCCAAAAGGAACGCCCACUGAAAUCAAAGAAGAGUUCUCUCUCACGGAUAAGGAGGAUACGCUAUACGACUAUCGAUCGGAGGAUUACGAUAUUCCUUCCGAUGAUAAGAAAUUACUCGACAGACUGUGUCGUCUUGGCUAUUUUGACGGAGAUUAUCACUUGGAGGAGAUUAUGUAUUUAGAAAAUAUUCGUAGAUCUCAAUUGUUACAACUUUUGGAUAAAUUUCGAGAUGUAUUAAUGACUUCCGAAUGCGAAGAUGCCGCCAUAGCACUUUUUUAUAGUCGAUUAGGUACUUGAUUUUAAUACGAUACAAUAAUAUAUACGAAAGAGAUAAUCCGUUCCAUCGAGAUGACGAUCGUAAUCUUUUCGAUUAAAAGAUGCGAAAAUCAAAAAUAUUAUUAAAAAUUUGUAUAAUUUUAAGGUUCCAUUAUAAUACAUAAAUUUUAUCUAUCAAGAUCAUUAUUUUAGACAUUUUUCAGAGUAUCGAUAUUUUCAAAUAAAAUAUAUUUUUACUAUUUUUUUUAUGCUAUCUCUUCGCUAUUUAUUAACUGUCACAACGAGUGCGGAAUCGUUUAAAAUUAUCGCAAAAUUGUAUGUUUUUACUCGUCUUGGAUUGUUUUAUUUUUUAAUCUAGAAGAGUUACUUGAAUGUAUGUUAUUGUUCGCCCUUAUUAUUUGUCUCUUUUCUAUACACUAUAUAUUUUUACAUAAUUUUGUUUAUCUUGUAGAUAAAUUUCGUUAUUUUAUGUUAUUUUUAUGUUAAUCUGCUUGGAUUAAAAAACUAUACAUUACAAAACAUUUUAUUUAUACUUUGUUUUACAAAACUUACAAUAAAGGUCACAGAACUUUUACUUAAUGUGCUUAUUCUAUAGGAAAUGAUGUACAAUAGAAGAAAUAAGAUAAUGCUAGGUGUUGAUUUUACUUUUAAAUGUUGGUUAUCCAUAUUUCAUGACUAUUUCGUGAUAUUUUCAAGUUUUCAAGUAUCGGCUCUCAAACUGCCAGUUACGCGUAUGUGUGUAUAAAUUUAUCAUUUUUCUUCUUUAAUCCGAAAAUGGCCGCGUUGAAUCAAUUACGAUACACAUGAUUUUAUUUAAAAGUUUAAUUUUGCGACAAGUAAUGCGUUAUUGCGAUGUGCUACAAUAUCAUAAAAUAUAAAUAAAAUCCAAAUUUUUUACCAUAAAAAUACAUUGAGAAAUAAGGAAAUCGAGAAAAAUUUGUGAUAAAUGUCAUGAUCAAAAAUAAAAAAAUAAUUUAUAUGACGCGAUUACUUUACACCUAUAUAGAAUAUGACCGUUUUCGGAUUAAUGUAAGUAUGUUUGUCGCAUGUGUGUGUAUGUAUAGUUUUUUCUAAGAUACACACACACAUACACAAUAUUGUAUAUAUGUGUAUACAUAUAUAAAAAAUUUUGAGUUACUAUACAUAUAUGUAUCAAGAUUUUUGUUAUUAGAGAUUACAAAACGAUCAACAGCACUAGCAUGACUAGAGUUUUAGACGAUAUAAUUAUUGAAAAUAUUUUGACAAAAAUUAACGGACCUAAUUAAACUAAACUGAACUGAAACAAAAAUAUACGGAUGUAAUAUGCAUUCUCGCAAAGUCCUUUGAUGUUGCGAUAUAUGAAAAUAGCGAAAAAAUAUGGUUAAAUAUUUCGAAUGAAUGCUAUUCAAAAAAUAAAAAGAAAUAAAAAUGAAA